UUUCAAGUCUCUUAGUAAAAAAAACUUACUAUUUUCAAGUCUUUUAGUAAAAAAACUUACCAUUUUUCAAAUCUCUUAGUAAAAAUGUUCAAUUUAAAGGUGUUGAUCACUUUUAUCUGUUUAAUAUCCGUCGUCUCAUCACAAAACAUAUUAUCAAGAGAUAUUUUAUCGCAAAAUGGAUCCCUCCAUGAUAUAUCACCCCAAGAUAUAUCAUUCAUUUACGAAGAACCAAUCGAUGGUCUUAAAUUUGUAACUCUUUUACCCACUUAUAAUCAUUUGAUGAUUUGGAUGGCCUUUGAAGAUGAAGAUCCAGAAUGCAUGUUACCUUAUUUCCAUUUACGAAUAAUAAAUAAGAUAACAGGACAAACCAAUUAUAUAGACCUUAAUUAUACUCUUCCUGCGGAAGCAGUUUGCCCCAUUAAUAAUAUUGAUUUUUUACCUGUAGCUGAUAAUUAUAUUUUGUUGUAUUAUGCUAAAACAACAAAUGGUAUUAAGGGAAAACAUGGAAUGAUAAUUAAUUACAGCGGUGAGUUUAUGAGCGAAAUAUAUUUAGGAAAUGCUGACGGAUAUGUUGCAUUAUCAAAUGAAGGGUUUAUUAAUAUUGAAAAGCCAGACGAAAAAGGAAUAUCUGCAUGGCAUUGGUAUAGUUCUCCAAAUAUUGAAACAGGAGAAGUGGUGGAACAUAGUAGUGGUGAAUUUCAUGCGCCAAAUCUACCAUCAUAUACCUUAGUAGAUAGUUUAAAUUUUGAUUUAGUGGAUGGAGGUUUUGGUUUCCUGUAUAUUUUAAAAUAUGAUGAAACAAAAGGAUCAUCGGUAAUAAAAGAUCCAAAUGUUCAAUACUGGAGAAUUUACGUGUCAUUUUUAAAAGUGAAAACAGAUUUACCUACAAAACCCUCCCUACUUUACGAAACUACUCAGAAAUUAAAUAAUAUAACACUUAGAUUAUGUACUUUAACUUAUAAUGCUGAAGGAUAUAUAUGUGUUAUGACAUUAAAUAACACGAUUACAAAUAAUAAUAAAUCAUGGACUGAGAUAAAUUAUUAUCAGUUGGGAUUUUUAUCAACUGGGGCCUUAGUACGAUUGGAGAUAAUUCCUACUCCAACAAAUAUUACAGACAUUGAUUUGAGAGCUUUAUAUUAUGGAGGAUUUAUUGUGAUUUACCAAAAUGCAUCUGCUAUUGAUUUUUAUCUUUUGGAUGAUAAUGGAAAUUAUAUGCAAUCACAGGGAUCUUUCGGGCCAGAGUUUUUUUUUUAUAAUACAUAUCGGACAAUUAGUACUAUUUUUGGAGUAAAGGAACAGGCCAAAAACAAAUUGGAAUUUUUAUUCAAACCUUUACCAAAAUUAAAAAAGGGUUCUGAAUUUAGUCCUGUAAUUGAGUCAGCCAAGCCAUCUAUAAAUGAAGUUAUUGAUCCUUUGAUCAAAGAAAUUACGAUCAAAUAUACCAUUCCAGUGAAGUUAUCUACUGGGAAUGUCUCAAUAUUUCAAUUAAAUGAUGAUAAAUAUAAACCAGGCCUAUUAAGACAAACAUUUUCGGGAGAUUCUAAAUUAUGUACCAUUGGAAGUGAUAACCACACAGUACAUAUUCCAAUUUUUGAAAGCACAUUCAGCCAACAGAAUUCUACCUACUAUGUGCUUGUUGGAAAUAAUUUUGUCAUCUCUCAAGAGAGAGAUGAACCUUUAAUUGGAAUUAGAAAGAAUAUUUGGACACUUUCAACAAGUAAUAUACAUAUUUUUUUUUAAUUUUAAUUUUUUAAUGAUUGAAUAGAAAAAUUUAUAUUCUGUUACUAUAUUUAGAACCACUUAAAAUGGCACAACACUCAGAUUCAGUUACAGGAUUACUUCGAUUAAACGAGGAAGGAAGUUCAAAAUUUCUCCAAAUGAAUCAUUCAAUAUUUUUCAAGAAUAUGAUUCAAGAAUUUGCUAAAGUAAUCCCAGUAACUGAACAGAGGUUGUCAACAAGUGG